UAGGGUUUACGAAGAAGAAGAAAAAAAGAAUAAGGAGGCGACGAGGAACUGCUGAUCUAAGACCAAGAAAGAGAAAAAGGGUUAAGAAAAAUGGACGCGAGCAUGAUGGCUGGACUCGAUGGUCUUGCUGAAGAAGACAAAGCGAAAAUGGCCUCCAUGAUCGAUCAGCUUCAGCUACGUGAUAGCUUGAGGAUGUACAAUUCGCUGGUGGAGAGGUGUUUCGUGGACUGUGUGGAUUCAUUUACGCGCAAGACUCUUCAGAAACAAGAGGAGACUUGUGUUAUGCGGUGCGCUGAGAAGUUCCUCAAGCACACGAUGCGUGUUGGUCAGCGGUUUUCUGAGCUCAAUCAGAACGCACCAACUCAAGACUGAAGUGUCUACUUCUGUUGGUUUGGUUUUUGGUCCGGUUUAUGUGUUGGAACACGGAAUAAACCGGUUUUUAGUGGUUUAGACAACUACUCAAUACUGUUCUUUGAGAAUGAUACUCGUGUAUUUUGAAGUUAUUUUGUAUCUGAUUUCGAAUAUUAAUCAUUUCAAAAGGGUCGAUGAAUAAUCAUUUCAUAUCGGUAUUCUAGGGACCAGACCAUUAUAUUAUGUUGGCUUUUUGUA